GAUAGCCCUAAAACCAUGCGAACCCAAUUUUAUAUGGUACAAGCCCCAAAGGUACAACCUAUACUGCACAAAAUUUUCUCCAUUAUAAGAAAACAAGAUGACCCUUUGGAAGGUCUCAUGAUUUCACAAUUAUAGGACUAUUGCAGAAGAUGUAUCCCAAGUUUGAAUUGGUCUCUAGCCUCUCAAAAUAUUGUCUUUUCAUAAACCCCAUUAUCUUAAACCCUAGCUCACUUUUUCUGCAACAGGAAAUUUCCAUCCAAUUUCUCUGGUGAAAAAUGAUUCACAACAUUCUUGGAACAUUGUUUUCAGCUGUAGAACAGUCAAUUUCACUCAGGGAUAAUGUGUUGCUUCUCGAUUGGCUGUGUUCGGUGGAGCUAAUAGGAUUGGGGUUAGUAAGAGGGAGGAAGCUUUGACAUGUAAAGUUGGCAAUCUUCUAGCGUUCUCUUUUGAAGGAGAUUUUAAAUCAACAACAACAUACCCAGUAUAAUCCCACAAGUAGGUCUGGGGAGGGUAGUGUGUAUGCAGACCUUACCCGUACCUAGUAAAAUUUUAUCAAAAGAUUUUAUAUAAUUUUGAUAAAAUGGCUGGGGGAAGUCAACCAUGCCAAAGUGACAAACCUUCAGUCAAAUACAGGCGUAAUCUACUUGAGGGGGCACUGUUUGAACUUGCUGAUUUUGACCAAGAAAGUCAUGCUCUUUCAUCUGAAAAUAAGAAGGAGAACCCUAAAAUUUCUGAGUCGUCUUCUGAGAUAAUGAGCACAAGUGAGCUUAUAUCAGCGGUUGGCAGUUUAUGGGAUUGUACGGCCCGUCCUCUUACACGAAUCCUAUCCAAAACAAGUUCUAGACGCAACAACACUGAUCACCGAGAAAACAACAUAUAUGGUUAUUCCACCGCGGGUGAAACUUCUGGUACUUGUUUUUCAACUUAUGAUCACCCAAUCCCUGUCAAUGUAGAUAGUGAUAUCGAUUCUUCACCUCUGGCGCUUGCGAAUGUGGAAUGUCUGACAGCAAACCAAAAAGUCUCAUUCUUUGGUCCUCUCUUAGGAAAUUCUCCUCUGUGGAGUCUACUCCGUGGUGGAUCUAUCAUUCAUCAGGAAACUUGGAAAGCAAAAAAUCUUGCCGAUGAUUUACAUACUGUGUAUGAUUGGAUGCAUGAAAUAUCCUUACUGAAACUUAAGCAUCAGUUAAAUUGUGCUAAUACUGGAAGGCAUGAAAGCAGAAAGUGUACCGAAGAAGAAACGACAAAGAGUCCUUUAAGUUGCAGCGCCACUGCGGAUAUAGUAAAUGCUGAUUGCCAGACUGACAGGGAAAAACCGGCUGGUUCAUUUUUAGGUCAGAUUGCAAAGGAUCACGAGAUCGACAGGGUACCAACUAGUACUUCAUGUCUAAGGCGCUAUAAUGAGGUUUCACAUGACAAAAAUUCAAACAUGCUAGAGAUUCCAUGUUCUAAAGAUAGGUCAGUCGUCCAUGAGUACUCUCUUCCUCCAAGUUGUUCUGCUAGUGUUGACAGCAAAAUUAAUGCUGAGGAUCACAUGAAUGAUUCGACAACUACUGAAAAAGUUGAACUGGAGGAUGAGCUGAAUUCUGAAGUACAGAUCUCCGUGGCAAAGGACAAGCCUUGUUAUACACUUGCAAAACAAGAGCAUGCUUUUGCAGGAGCAAUGGCUGGAAUUUUUGUCAGCCUUUGUCUUCAUCCAAUUGACACAAUUAAGACUGUUGUUCAGUCAUGUCGCGGCGAUCAGAAACCUCUUUAUUAUAUAGGCAGAUCAUUUAUUUCCGAAAGAGGAGUAACUGCACUUUAUCGGGGACUUUCUACCAAUCUUGCUUCGUCUGCACCAAUAUCUGCACUUUACACCUUUACAUAUGAAUCAGUGAAAGGGGCCUUGCUUCCUCUUUUUCCUAAGGAAUAUCACUCUUUUGCACACUGCUUCGCAGGGGGUUGCGCAAGCAUUGCCACUUCAUUUGUAUUCACUCCAAGUGAGUGUAUAAAGCAACAGAUGCAAGUUGGUUCCCGCUAUAAGAACUGCUGGAAUGCCUUGGUUGAGAUUAUAAGAAGUGGUGGUUUGCCUUCACUCUAUGCUGGAUGGAGAGCUGUACUGUGCAGGAAUAUUCCACACUCAAUCAUUAAGUUCUACACAUAUGAAAGAUUGAAGGAGUUGAGGUUGUCAUCUGUUCAGCUGCGCAACCAAAAUGACACACUAAUGACGCUCGUAUGUGGCGGAUUAGCUGGAUCUACUGCUGCACUAUUCACAACUCCUUUUGAUGUCGUCAAGACAAGAUUACAGACACAGAUUCCUGGAUCUAGGAUUCAGUUGGGUGUAUUUGACACACUUAAAGAAAUAGGAAAGCGUGAAGGUUUGAAGGGUCUUUACAGGGGCUUGAGUCCUAGAUUAGUCAUGUAUAUGACACAGGGAGCACUUUUCUUUGCAUCUUAUGAAUCUUUCAAGAGAUUAUUUUCUUUGGAGAUCCCGCAGCCUAAAGCCGAAAGAGUUACAUACGAGCAAAGUUUAGAAGAUGAUUCUGCGUCAUUACCGUCACCAAACUAACACAAGAAAGAUCAGUUCAAGGUAGUGUAUCUUUCAGCAAUGUGCCAAAUGAGAGAAAUAUAUAAUGUCAAGAUUAGCCUGUAUAUUUUCUCUCUGAGCUCGAGGUCCAAAUAGAGGAUGAAGGAACUUGAAGUGUUAACCACCGACUGGUUCUCUUAACGCUUCAUAGAAACGAGCUAGUUGAUCAUCCACUGAGUUUCAAAGCAUGUGCCAGCUAGCCCUCGGGGAUUUCUUGGUUAUCGGAAAGAACAUGUGAAGCAUUUUUGUAAAGUUUUAGAAAAUGAUAGGGGAAAUUGAGAGGAUAUAGGGAUCCCUAAUUUGUAUGAUGUAAUUUUAAUAUAGGCGAACCCGAUUGAUCUGGGAUUGAGGCGCGGUUGAUUAAUUAAUUGAUUGUAAAGGGCAGUCCGGUGCACUAAGCUCCCGUUAUGCGCGGGGUUCGGGGAAGGGCCGGACCACAAGGGUCUAUUGUGCAGUCUUACCUUGCAUUUCUGCAAGUGGCUGUUUCCACAACUCGAUUAGUUGAUUGUAUGUAUGAAAUUUUAGUUUUCCAGUGAGUUUGCAACAAAGUAAUUUUUUCUGGUGUA